GAACGCGAUGUGACGGAGUCGUGCAGACACGUGAUACGAGCCGGCAUCAGCAGCAGCAACAGCAACAGCAGCGGCGGCUAUUGGACUACUGUUGUUUAGUAUCAUCAUCAGCAGCAUCAGCAGCUGCUGCUGCAGCUCUUACCACCGCAGCACUAACAGGGACGACAGCAAGAGGAAUUUACUGACAUCAGAAGAAACGUCAUCGCUGCGAUCAGUAGAAUCAUCAUCAUCGUCAUCGUCGGUGUCCCCGAUAUCAUCACCAUCAUCACCAUCACGCCAACAGCCACAACCAGCACAGACGCCGCAAUCAGCAGCACUUGACUACAUCACCACCAUCAUCACGAUUGAAUGUUCCACCACCACCAGUGUCAUCAACACAACAUCAUCAUCACCCAACACAUCAGAAUUACAAACUAUUAACAUCAUCACAACACCACCAUCAUCACCAACUCCACCAGACCACGCACGCACGAUGACUGCGCAAUCACAGUGACUAAUUCUGCAAUCACAGUGACUGAUUCUACAAUCACAGUGACUAAUUCUGCAAUCACAGUGACUGAUUCUGCAAUCACAGUGACGAAUUCUGCAAUCACAGUGACUGAUUCUACAAUCACAGUGACUAAUUCUACAAUCACAGUGAUUGAUUCUACAAUCACAGUGACUGAUUCUACAAUCACAGUGACUAAUUCUGCAAUCACAGUGACUGAUUCUGCAAUCACGGUGAUUCCAGGGACCAUACGGUUCAUCACGUGACAAGCCUCCCUCUGCCAGCCUGGAAAUCUUGUAUCCGGUAGAGAACACAUCACCAUCAACACAUCAACACCACCACCAUCAAUAUCAUCAACAUCUCGAUAAACAUCACCACCACCAACACAAUCGAGUGUCAAAACAUCACCAUCAACAACACCAUUAUCCUCACCACCAUCAACAUCCAUCACCAUUACUAUCAUCAGCACUAUCACCACCACCAUCAACCACCAGUAUCAUAACAUCACCAUCAACACUUCCAAACACGUGUGUCACCUGAUCACACCGCUUACACCACCCCACAUCGUCACUCCAUCAGCACCACGAGUUUUUACAUCACACCACCACCACCAUCAGCAUCAGCAGAGAUAGCAACAUCACAUCCCAACUACCAUCAUCAUCAUCACCAGCAGUGUCAUCACAUCUCCACCACCAGUAUAACCAUCACCACCAACAUCAUUAACAGCAGUACCACCACCGCGUCUCCACCACCACCAUCACCAAGAGGAACACCGUCAGCAUCACUUGACAUCUGUGGAAACAUCUUUAUAGCUCAUCGGAUUCCUCCUGUAUACAUAUUCUCACUCUGAUCACGUAACCACCGUCAUCGCCACUAUAAUCACAGCAACAACAAAGAAGCAGAUCGCCCACCGCCUUGAACAGACGACUCCACCACCAGCACCACCAUCACCAGCACCACCACCGUCACCACCACCGUCAAUACCAGCGUCACCACCACCACCACCAGCAUCACUAGCACCGUCAAUUCUACCACCACCGUCACCACCAUCACCACCACCAUCACUAGCAUCGUCAAUACCACCAUCACCGUCACCACCACCAUCACCACCACCAUCACCGUCACCACUACCACCACCACUGUCACCACCACCAUCAGCAUCACCAUCACCGCCACCAUCACCGCCACCACCGCCACCACCACCAUCACCACCACCGUCACCAUCACCACCGUCGCCACCACCGCCGCCACCACCACUGUCACCACCACCAUCACCAUCAGCAUCACCACCAUCAUCACCACCACCACAGUCGCCACCACCAUCACCACCACAGCGGCCGCGAUGUUGCGCGACGUGGACGACCUCGAGUUCGAGGCGCCGUCACACUGCGCCCUCGUCAUGUCGGGCCUGCGCGCCGAGCGCUUCGACCCCAAGCUGAGCGACGUCGCCCUCGAGGCGGCCGGGCGCCGCUACCCGUGCCACCGCGCCGUGCUGGCGCUCUGCAGCCCCUUCUUCAGGGCCAUGUUCUGCGGAGAGUUCCGGGAGAGCUUCUCGGCGGUGGUGCCGCUGCCCCAGGCCGACCCGGCCGCCCUGGAGCAGCUGGUGGACUUCGCCUACACGGGGAGGUUGACCAUCAACCAGGAGAACGUGGAGACACUGACCGCACUCGCGGGACGCCUCCAGUUCUCGUCCGUGCGAGAGGUGUGCAGCCGCUACCUGCAGCAGCAGAUCUCGGCCGCGAACUGCCUGGGCAUCGGCCUGUUCGCCGAGGCCCACGCCUGCCCCGAGGUGGCGGCCAAGGCCGGGGCCUUCGCCCUCGACAACUUCGGGGCGGUGGUGGCCGAGGAGGAGUUCGGGGAUCUGAGCUGCGACUCGCUGCUACAGCUGCUGUCGGCCCAGCGGCUGCAGGAUCGCGAGGACCCCGCGCUGCUGCUGGGCGCCGCCCUGAGCUGGGUGCGGAGGGACCCGGCGUGCCGCACGCCCCACCUGGGGGCCUUGCUGGGCGCCGUGCGGCUCGGCGCCCAGCGGGGGGCCGGCCCCUCGUGCAGGGCGCUGCUGCAGGACCCCCUGCUGCAGGGGGACCCCUCCUGCAGGGCGCUGCUCGCCGACGUCGCCAUGGACUUCGACGACACGCAGGCCACCGACGCUGACCAGGGCGAGGGGCACCACGCGGCUCCUCAGGGGGGCUGCCCCCCCCAGGACCGCGAGGUGCUGGUGGUGAUCGGGGGGCGAGCGCUGCAGGAGGACGACGAGGAUGAGGAGGAGGAGUGGGGGGACGCGGCGCCAUCCAGGAACGCCGCCUUCUACGAGCCCACUUCGCGAACUUGGCGUCUGCUGCCGGACUUCCCCGAGUACAACAAGUGGGGGUUCUCGGUGUGCGCCCUCAACAACAGCGUAUACGUCACAGGGGGGUCACGCGGCUCCAUGCAGGACAGCUGGUCGACCACGCACGUGUGGCGCCUGAACCCAUCCGUGCGGAUCUGGGAGCCUGCGACCCCGAUGCUCAAACCGCGCACGAACCACUGCACCGCGGCGCUCAACGGCGACCUCUACGCGAUAGGAGGCACCGCGUCGGGCGUGGUGGAGGCGGAGCGCUACGAGCCGUACAGCGCCGCGUGGUCGCCGGUGCCGGCACCGCCGCGAUUCGUCAGCAACUUCACGGCGAGCGGGUGCCGGGGACGCCUCUACCUGGUGGGCUCGUGCGCCGCCAAGUACAACGCUCUCGCCCUGCAGAGAUACAGCCCCAUCACGGACUGCUGGAGCGUGGUGGCGUCACCCUUCAUCCCGCGGUACCUCUCCUCCCCGCGCUGUGUCACAAUGGACGACGUCAUCUACCUGCUCGCCGACAACACCAAGAAGACUUACCUGUACGACCCCGACGCCAACAUGUGGCGCAAGGUGCAGCUGAAGCACAGCCUGCACGAGAACGGGGGGCUGGCGGUGGUGGGGGGCCGCCUGUACGUGACGGGCGGCCACUGGCAGGGCCUCGAGGGCCUCUACCGCGUGCUCAUGGAGUCGUGCGAGGCGCGGCUCCGCGCCGCCACGUGGAGGCGCGAGGGGGCGCUGCCCCGCGCCUGGCUCUUUCACGACGCGUGCGCCGCCUUCGUCAACGUGGCCGCGUGGCCCCUCGUGCUCUCACACGCGGGGCCCGAGCAGAGCGGCUGACGGCCGGGG